AUGCCUUCUACUCACAAUAAAGAAAAACCUUGGGAUACUCCAGAUAUUGAUAAAUGGCAAAUCGAUGAAUUUAAACCAGAAGAUAACAAAAGUGGGAAACCAUUUGCUGAAGAAAGCACUUUUAUGACUUUAUUCCCUAAAUACAGAGAAACAUAUUUGAAAUCCAUAUGGAGCGAUGUCACUAAAAAUUUAAAUGCCCAUCAUAUUAACUGUACUUUGGAUUUAGUUGAAGGUUCCAUGACUGUGAAAACCACUAGAAAAACAUUUGAUCCAGCUAUUAUCUUAAAGGCUAGGGAUUUAAUCAAGUUGUUAGCUCGGUCUGUUCCAUUCCCGCAGGCUGUUAAAAUUUUACAAGACGAUGUUGCCUGCGAUAUUAUAAAAAUUGGUAACUUUGUUUCUAAUAAAGAAAGAUUUGUUAAGAGAAGACAAAGAUUGGUUGGUCCAAAUGGUAACACCUUGAAAGCCUUGGAAUUGUUAACAAAAUGCUACAUCUUAGUACAAGGUAAUACUGUUAGUUGUAUGGGACCCUUUAAAGGUUUAAAAGAGGUUCGUCGUGUUGUUGAAGAUUGUAUGAAAAAUAUUCAUCCGAUAUAUUAUAUUAAGGAAUUAAUGAUUAAAAGGGAAUUAGCUAAGAACCCAGAGUUAGCAAACGAAGAUUGGUCCAGAUUUUUACCAAAUUUCAAAAAAAGAAAUGUUGCUAGAAAGAAACCAAAGAAGAUUAGACAUAAAGAUGAAACUAAAGUUUACACUCCAUUUCCACCUGCUCAGUUACCUAGAAAGAUUGAUUUGGAGAUUGAAAGUGGUGAAUAUUUCUUAAGCAAGAAAGAAAAGGAAAUGAAUAAACUGGCCGAACGUAGGGCUGAACAACAAGAAAAACAAAAGGAAAAAGAAAUUGUAAAAGCUAAGGAUUUUGUAGCUCCUGAAGAGGAAAAAUAUGUGAACAAGUUAUUGGAUGACGAUUCGACUACUAGCAAGAAAAAGAGUCACUCUAAAGAUAAAGAUUCUAAGAGUAAUAAAAGAAAAAAAUCAGAAGAUAACGAAGGGGAAAAAAUUAAUAAGAAAAAAUCUAAAACGUCGAUUGCUUAA